GUGACGAUCGGCCACAAUAAAAAAAACAAAAAAUCAUUGGUUUUCACCACCUCAGUAAGGACGGCGUUAAACACGAGCUGAUAGCUUAUACUAAUUUAAACACCGUUUCAUUAUUCUCGUUUUUUAUUGUUAACGUAUGAACAUCUAGACAUUGUAAGAGAUAUUUGAAACAGCAACUCUAAAUGAAACCAGGUUAACUUCUAUUUGUUGAAUGUUGUGAAACGCUUGCCGGAUGUGUCUAGUUGUGUCUUUCAAAGUAGAACCACUUGUCAAUGGAACGUGGGUUCCAGCAUGAGAGUUUAAGCUAAUUAACAGUUUGUGAAAAUGUAAAUUUCUUUCGUUUUGUUGUGAUGAAUAUAAAUUGUCACGUAGUGUUAUUCCACGAAGAGGACAAGUUUGGGGAAUUUUAUUUUGAAACAAACAUUGCUGAAUGUCCGUUUCGGUGUAGUUUGACACAACAGCCAGUGCCGUCCUGGCAUCACUGUCUCGGGUUCCAUUGAUCAGCCUGAGUGGGGCCAGACUGGGGAUUUGGGUUGGAUGCUACGGUCACUCUGGGUUUCCGGUUGCGUCAAGUAGCUUUAACGUGGCUGUCGGUGCUUUGCCGGCUCGAGAGACAAGUGGUCGCAGCGUGAGCAACAGCAGCAGUACCCCGUACCGCAGCCUUGCGUCAAAUUCGGCUAAAGCUAAGCCGCCGUAGGAGAGCCACGUUACCUCGGUAGCUAGCCAGCUUGCAGACGGGUUAUUUUUAGGGCGUCCACAUGUUCGAGUCCUCAAGCCUCCACGCCUCUGCUAGUUGUAGGAAUUCUCUCGAUUAUCAUCCAUAUGACUUACUAACCUGCAUGUAGAAUUAGUGCGCAGAGGUGAGCGAGGACAUUGUGAUUAUUGUUCUCCUGGGAGGUGUACAAAAAAAAGAUGGACCUGAAUUUUUAUUCGGAUCUAACGGGCGGAACCGGGCAUCACGACGGCGAUCCAGAGUUUUUGGACCCGCAGACCUUCAACGGAUUUGACUCUGACAACAAGUUCCCUGGAGGCAGUGACAACUACCUAACGAUUUCUGGGACAGCGCAUCCUUUCCUCGCUCCAUCAGAGACGUUCCACACUCCCAGUCUGGGCGAUGAGGAGUUUGAGAUCCCACCCAUAUCCCUGGACCCUGAUUCGGCGCUCACCGUCUCCGAUGUGGUGUCACAUUUUGGGGAGCUGUCUGACACCAGCCCCUCUGACAGCGUGGUGGUUCCCGGGAAUGCCGUGGUGGAAGGUGACGACCCGUCCUUUGCCUCUACCUUUGUCCACCCACCCUCACAGGGGCUGGAGCACCUUAGUCUUGGGGUCAUCAACCAGUCCGGAGGAGCUCUGCUGGGGUCGUCGCUGGGCAUGGAUCUGGGCCAUCCCAUUGGGUCGCAGUUCAGCAGCUCGUCGCCUGUCACCAUUGACGUUCCUCUGGGAGACAUGAGCCAAGGUCUACUGGGCUCCAACCAGCUGACCACCAUCGACCAGUCAGAACUGAGUGCUCAACUUGGGCUUGGCUUGGGGGCUGGGAAUAUUCUACAGCGCCCCCAGUCACCGGAGAACCCUUUGUCGGCCACACCGUCACCCACCAGCUCCCUGCAAGAUGACGACAUGGACGACUUCAGAAGGAGCAUCCUGGUGGAGUCCCCAAUCUCUCCGGCCUACUCUGCCGGGGUCAUUUCCCUCGACCCCACUCUGGCUGAGGCGCCACUGUCCGCUCCCGCUGCUGGCAUCUCGGCAGCCAUCGGCCGGAAAGGAGGAGCCACCACCGGGAAGAAAGGGAAGAGAAAGAAGGAGGAGAAGAAAGACCCCAACGAGCCACAGAAGCCCGUGUCAGCGUACGCCCUCUUCUUUCGGGACACUCAGGCGGCCAUCAAGGGACAAAACCCCAACGCCACGUUUGGAGAAGUGUCCAAGAUAGUGGCAUCCAUGUGGGACAGCCUGGGGGAGGAGCAGAAACAGGUUUACAAGAGGAAAAAUGAACUGGCCAAGAAGGAUUACUUGAAAGCACUUGCAGAAUACAGAGCUGGUCUAAAUUCUCAGGCUCCCAUUGAAGUUUUGGAUUCAACAACUUCGCAGCCUCUUCGAGCCCCACCCACUACACCAGCACCUGUAGUCACCACAACGCCACCCCCAGCAACCCGCCCCACCAGGGCCCAGCAGUACAAUCCCGAGGAGAACACCAUCACCAACAUAUGCACCUCCAACAUCAUCCUUGACCUGCCUCAGGUUACUACGCGCUCCCGCACGGGUGCCAUCAAACCGCAGCCUCCACCUGCUUCUGCCACUGUCCCCAGCCCUCCCACAGUCACCAAGAUCAUCAUCAAGCAGACACAGCUGCCAUCUGGUGCUGUCUCCGUCACGGCGAUGCCCGCCUCAUCACCGCGGCAACCGCCACCACUGCAGCAGAUGCAGAGCACCCCGCCACCGCCACGGCUGCAACAGAUGGUACACGCCCAGCCUCCGCCACCUCUACAGGCUAAACCUCGUGGAGGGGGCGCGGCCCCCGCCACAGCUCCACCUCCCUUGCAGAUUAAAGUGGUCCCGGCGGCUCGCCAAUCGGAUUCUGGCGUGCCGAUAAUUGUGAAGUCGGCAGGCGAAACAUUGGACGCAGCAAUGGAGGUGGGACAGUCGGCUGCUGUGGUGACGAAAGGAGAGGAAGUAGUAGAUGCGGAGGAGGGAAUGGAGGUGGAGGUGAACGUUGCCCCCGGGCCCGCCAUAUCGACGGCCAUUGGUCCAAACAUUUGUUUGCGCGCUGGAUGCACCAACCCAGCGGUGGAGAGCAAAGACUGGGACAAAGAGUACUGCAGCAACGAGUGUGUUGCCACACACUGCAGGGACGUUUUCACAGCCUGGUGCGCCAUUCGAGGGCGGAACUCUACCACCGUCACAUAGUGCGACCCGGGACAGGCUCCUUUGUGUGUGUGAAUGGAUGAAUGAGUGGUGGCCAGAUGAGGCUCAGGAAUUGGUACGUGUGUUUUAACCAGGCACACCAAUGGCACACCCGGGGGAAGAACUCAAGACUCUGCUGCUUUGCUCUCUCUUCAGCAGGGGGGAGGAAAACAUAACAUUAUAUGUAAAAAGAAAGAGGACAUUUUAUAAAGACAAUGUUUUUUAUGAACUUGAAACUGUGCAGGGAGGAAAAGAAUUUCCAUGGUUUUUUUCCGCUAAUUUCAGUGAUUUCACUGUUUAAUUGAGGAUCAAUGUUUGUGUGUGCGUGUAAUAUUGGUCGGCUCUUGUGAUGUAAAAAGAGUGUUCUGUUGUAAACUCCUUGUGAAACAUGGAGCAUCACUUGAUCAUUUCUGUGUGUCAUCUGCAUGGACACAUUUUUAAAAUAGAAGAUAACAUGCAUAUUCAUGACAGUUUGGAAGACAAAACAAGCCUCACUUAUGAUCUAAACUCUGAACACACGUUUAGAAGCUUGGGUCUCGAGGGAGGACUUCGGGGCUUCUAGCACAAUGCAACGCUCUGAGAACUGGUGCUAUGAUUCAGGAAAGACAAAAAACUGUGGUUCACUGCCCUAUGAGAGUGCCCACGCUUGGAUUAUUUUUGUACUUAUUCAGUGUCACAUGGACCACCUGAGAUGUAAAACAAACAAAAAAGACGUCAGCCCUGUUGACACUACUGGAACAGACUAUAAGAGCUUUCUGGUUUUUAAUUUAACAUGAAACAAUAAUAAUGGAAUGCUCGCGUGCUCAGUACAUUGUCAGGAAGGGGCAACUGCUUCACUAUAAAAGAUAAACCUGCAAGUGUUUUCAAUGGUGAAAUAAAAUCGUUGUUUUAAUUCAGUUGGUGUUUGGAACCUCACAGAUGACACCAAUGAACAGAACUAAUCCCGAUUUUCAUCUUUUUAAGUUUUUGUCUUUGACCAAAUAGUGCACUUAACUUUAGAAAUCAAUACAGGAACGGAGCCAAAAAAGAAAUGAAGACUAAUGCAAUAUAAUAGAAUGUAACGUCAAAAUAAAUGCAAGACUAUACCACUAAAUCAUACUUCUACUAAAUCAAUGUCCAUAUAUUUCUCAUUAAUUGAUUAGAUAAUUGAUCAAUUAAUUGAGUUUGGUUAAUUGAUUACUUUACAAACAAUAAAAUAAAAAUAAAAUGUAAAUAUACAAUAAAAAAACAGCCUGCCUAUUUGAAAUACAGUAUGUUAACGCCAUAUGACUGCACUGUUAGUCGUUAAACCUUAAAAGGAUUCUUAUGUAUGUAUGUAUGUAUGUACUUUAUUUAUCCCAGAGCGGGGAAAUUUACUUGUUAUUAAAAACAUGAUGCUAUAACUUCAUGUUUUUCAAAACUCUGAUACUAAUAUGAUAAUGAUGCAACUGAUGACAUAACCUUGAUGCCAAAGUGACACAUGAUAUGUCAGAAUGAUAAGUCUUCAAGUCACUGGACAAAUAAAAAAUGAAAAGGCAUAGAUAAUGGCCAAGUGCAAAACAAUGAAAACCCUCACUUUCUAAAAAAAAAAUAAUAAAUAACAAAUCCAGGUCGGCCAUGGGCAGGACGUGAAUAGGAAAAAUAACCGAAAAGGUUACUGUAAAAUUAAACUAAUAAAUUGAUUUUUGGGGAAUUUGUGUAUAUAGAAUCUGGCAAGGUUGACGUUAAUUAUAAAUAAUUUUCUUUAUCAUGAAUUUAAACGUCUGCAUUAUUAUGACUGAGAUUUUUUCAUAUCGAUUUCUGUACCAUUUUCGACGUGUUAUUCCGUUUUUAACAUUUUUUGUACUUGUAGCCGUCCAAGCGAAAUGAAUGGCUGUGUUUACUUCCGGUUCCUCAUUUUUUGUCGCGAGAUUUGAUUCCCUCUCUCAAUACGUUUGAUGACGACGGCGGGAAAAAACACCGUGGCGGGAAAAAGGUGAUCAACACACGACAGGGGGCGAUGUUGGGAGACAUUUUAAAUAUGCCACAAAAAACUAAACAAAAGAAACAACAGUUUUUAAAAACAAAAAGUGAUGUUUCACAAAUUUUUUCAUUAGUCGUUUGUUUAACGUUUUGAUGGUCUUUCGUACAUAUUCAGAGAAGGAGGAAAGGGGGAGGGAGGAGGAGGUGGACUUAAUUAUGAGAGCUUGGCGUCGUCGUAGUGCAUACUAGAGAGAGCGAGACAGAGAGAGAGAGAGAGAGGGAGAGAGAGAGAGAGAGAGAGAGACAGAACAGGAGAGAAAUACUCCGUUGUUUUUCGUAUGUAAAAUCCACUAUUGGAAGGAUUUAAAAGAGGUAAUAACAUAAUUUCGCGCGAGGAGGAGGACGGCGCGUUGUGUUGAAAGGAUCAUCAGCUUCACCUAGUACCACCACCACCACCACCAUCAUCAUCA